AUGCAGGAUACCCUGAGUUCGGAGGAUGCUCAGGCCUUGGGCCACUUGAUCAAAGACAUCCAUCCAUCCAGUAUCAAUGCCUUGCAAAGAGAAGCGGAUGGCAUCCACAAUGACAUCAGUGCUCUGCGGGAGGACUUGGAGAAGGGACAGAUCACUCACUGGCAGAAUCGAGCAACACGAGUCUCUAACAAGGCAAAGAGAUUCAGAAGCAAGUACGAAGAGUUGCGCCCCAAGCUCGAUCGCCUUCACACCAAAAUGCAGGUCCUGGCCAACAAGUGCGCAGACGCAGCUGACACUUCAGAUACCCUAAUUGAGCAAACCAAGCAGAGGCGAGACUACUGGUUCUCGCUGCUGUGCCGGAUCAACUAUGUGGCAGCUGUUGGUGGCGUGCUGGUCUUUGCCGGAGCGGGAGGCACUGCGUUGGUCGCAGGAAUGAUGCUUAUGACCAAGACAUCUGCGCUGGGAUCUGCAACUGCUGCCCUUGGAGCAGCAAACUCAGCUGCAGCAAAGUCCGUGGCCAUUGCUGGAGCAAAGGCAACUGCAGCAUCAGCUGCAAAGGCAAAGGCUACAGAGGCAGCAGCGGCUGCACUGAAGGCAGCAGCUGCUGUUUCUUCCUCUGGCAAUCCUGCUGUGGGUGCAGGCGUCACUGCAGCUGCCGGUGUUGCAGGAGGAGUUGCAGGUGCUGCCGCAUUUGGUCCUGCAGGUCUAGCAGUGUUAGCAGCAGGAGCUUCAGCGGCUGGUGCUUGUGCGAUAUGGAGUGCGAUCGCUCAUUCAGCUGCGGUGACGGCAACCCAGGCUGCAUCUCAUGCAGCAUCCAUAGCAUCCGCUUUACAAGCAGCUGCCGCUGCAGCUCAACAAGCAGCCACUGCAGCUGCAGCUGCAUCCGCGACCGCAGCUGCCCAGGCCACACAGGCAGCGGCCUCCGUGAAUUCUCUUCAGCUAGCUGUGAAUUCGUUGUCUGCCGUUCUGACAACUGCUUCACCCUUCGUCAUCGGCUCCGCCAGCAUCCUGGCUUUGUGCUUACUGGGGUACAUGGGCCGCGAUCUGUUCAAGAGUCUCUUGGCCAGGCUCUGGGCAGCAGAGAUCCAGCAGCACGAGAAAUCCAAAGCGGCCUUCCUGCGCAUGAGCCAGAUGCUGCGUGAGACAGCCAAGCAGCUAAGGACAAUUUGCGACAGAAGCGAGGCAUUGGAAACAUGCUUGGAUCUUGUUGUAGAGGUUGCAGAGGAUCUUGCUGGCACUGCGGAGGAUGCGCAGGUGACCCUGGAGCCCCAGGUGUUGGAUGACGAGAUGCUCAAGAUGCAUGAGCAGGUGAACAGACUGUGCUCCGCAUAUUCUACAAUUCCACGGGCAUUUGAGCAACUGCAUGCAGCCAUUCGCGACCUGAGCUUGCCUGAGCCAACGUCACGGUCUUUGCAGAAUGGUGAUCCCUCCAUGGAAGACCUUCAGCUUCAGUUUCCUGCAGCCCAUACCGUGCCAGCGCAGGUGGAACAUCUCGUGGUUCGAACUUCUGAGCCGGAGGAGUGGAUCCUCAUAGACUCCCCACCUUCUUCACGUUCGUCAAGGCAAGAAUCUACCGCGGAAGCCCUCCCCCUUAUCGACGAGGGGGAAGACUGUGCAGACUUGGAGGCCUUGUCCCGUGCCGUCCUGGAGCAAGUUGCUGCCAGGCUGGCGCCCAGAGAGCUGGGUUGGGGACAGGUGUCACUCCAGCCAUGUACUUGA